AUGUCGGACCCCAAGCCUCAACCUCAACCUCAGCCGUUCAAGGUUAUUAUCGUGGGCGCCGGCAUUGCAGGGCUAACCCUAGCAAAUGCUCUACAGAAGGCACCCGUGGACAUCGAAUACGUCAUCCUUGAAGCCUACGGCACCAUCGCGCCCCAGCUAGGCGCCGGGAUAGUACUCCUACCCAACGGGUCUAGGAUCCUCGAUCAACUCGGGGUAUAUCCAGCUUUAGCGCGCCAGACCCAAGAAGUCGGCGACAGCGGAGUCUAUGAUGCAAAUGGAACGCUGUUGAUAAAGGAGCGUUCCGAUACGGGGAAGCUCGUCGGUGCGAGGAUGGGAUAUCCCUUGUCUUGGUGUGAGCGUCGCACGAUAGUGAAGACGCUGAUGGAGCACCUGGACCAUAGCAAGGGCACAAUUUUGACGAAUAAGCGGGUUAGCCGAGUACAGCAGAGUGAGAAGGAUGGGGCCACGGUUUUCUGCACGGAUGGAUCGUCGUAUCACGGCGAUGUCGUGGUGGGCGCUGAUGGUGUGCAUAGCGCGGUGCGCAAUGAGCUCUGGAGAACGUUGGAGGAGCGUGGAUAUCGGGAGCUCGUUGCUAGAGAACGCUGUGCUAUGACGGCUGAGUACAAGUGCCUAUUCGGUAUGUCCAAGCCGGUGGCUGGCAUGGAGCCCGGAUCCACUGACGAUACCUGGGGGAAAGAUGUGUCGACUGUCACCAGCAUCGGCCCAGGAGGGACUAUUUAUUGGUUUCUUUUUGAGCGUAUGCCGCGUAUCUAUCAAGCCGGCGAGAUGCCACGGUUCACCACCGAAGACGCUGUCAAGUUCGCUCAAGACCAUCGCAAGGUCCCCAUUAGAUCAGGUGGAGAAAUCACGUUCGGCCUCUUGUGGGACCGACGAGAGGUCGCAACACUGUUGCCGUUGGAGGAAAGUGCGUUCACGCGAUGGAGUGUCGGCCGCAUCAUCUGCAUGGGCGACAGCAUUCAUAAAAUGACACCGCAUACGGGGACUGGGGGUAUGUUGGCCAUUGAGACAGCAGCCGGGUUGGCAAACACCUUCGUUCGCCUUGUGAAGGAAGCACACGGAAAGUCACCGCCGUCAACCCAUCAAGUAGAAACGGCACUGCGACAGCACGAGAGUAUAUUUCACGCGCGAGCCGCCGCGAAAGUCAAGGCUGCUGGUGAUCUGGCACGUCUUGCGACCCUGCGGAACUUCAAGCACCGUCUUAUCGUGAAAUUCUUGCUUCCAAUCGCUGUCGACUCGCGCGUAGAUCAGAUUUGCGAUAUCGCGAUGGGCGCCCCCCUUAUUGAGUAUCUUCCUAUUCCUCCGCGCUCAACUAAGGGCACGACGCCGUUCAAUCCCUCGCAUGGCUUCGGAACGGGCGAGAGUCCCUGGGUAAGAGCGGCGACAGCACUGCCGCUCUUAAUAAUGGCUUUUGCGGCGCUCAAGAUAAUGUUCACCGUGGCUCCGAUCGAAUCAAUCCUCGAUAUCUUGGAUCGUGGAGUUUAUCGCUCCGGGGGUGCCGAGUUCCAUAUCAUGAAUGCAUUCUAUCAUUUUAGACCUCUCGACAACUUUUCGCGAUCCGGAGUCCUGCGCUUUAUAGUAAGCGGCGAGCACUUCUUUUACCAGACCUUCUCGUUCUUUGCCGACUACGGCGUCUGGUACGCCAUUAUGCUGCUGGAAUCUGCUCGACGCGCCAACCAGCUCACCCCGUUGGGCUUCGUCCACUACGUCGCGACCCCCAUCUCCUCCCUCGCCGCACUGGAUAUGAGACUUACCGAUAUUUCCUAUACCUCCACCGUGCUUCCUGUGAUCCUAGCGACUCAUUUCGCCACGUAUGUAGACGCUUACCUCCUGCCCAAUCCUUCGCACCGCCAAAUGGCUGCCUACCUCUGGGAGCUUUUCCCCGUCUGGGCUUUCCUAGCACAGGAGGUGGCGGUUCGGUAUAUUCUCCCCGAGAGCACGGUGCAGAAAGACCGUCUGGCAAACGUGAAGCGCGACAUACCCGUUAUCCGCGCGACUAUUGGGGUGCUCUGCGCCAUCACGACCGGCAUUUGGCAGUAUACCAUAUGGUAUAGCGGACAGUCAUUGGCUGACAUCUUCCUGCCCUUCAUCAGCGCGGACUUCAGCAGCUUCAGCUUUGAACAGCUUUUCCACGAGUUCUUGAAAUGGGACCAGGUGUUCUUUGCCGCUGGUAAUAUCUUUUGGGUUGCGAUUUUUAUCUGGGAUCUUAAGGCUGCUGGCAUGAUCCGCGAGAGCUGGCUUAGGCUGGCUGUCUACGGUGGCCUCUUGCACUUGAUCGGUGGGAAUGGGACGAUGCUUGGUUUGGCUUGGCUUUACCGGGAACAUGUCCUCGCUACUAGAAGGCAUAAGACAGCUGUGGUAAGCGGUUAA